AUGACCAUCAUCCUGGUCUUCUCAGAGGCUAAAAGCAAGAAGUUGCUAGACAUCCAGUUUUUCACUGAAUGCAGUCUGUCUGCUAAAGUCUUAGUUUGUGGUGAGUGGGUGUGGCUGGACUCAAAAAUCGGUGUUGCCAUUGGAGCCAGAGUCAAAAUAACACCAUCUGGCCAGCGUUUGCUGGUGGACGAUGAGGGGAAGGAACAUAGUCUGUCCAAGGAGCUGGAGGCCUCCCUCAGAAUCAUGCACCCGACAUCAGUGGAGGGGGUCGAAGACAUGAUCAAACUGGGUGACUUGACGGAGGCUGGACUUUUACGUAAUCUGAUGCUCCGACACAAACAAGGAAUUAUCUAUACGUACACAGGCUCGGUGCUGGUGGCAGUGAACCCAUAUCAGGAGUUUCCAAUAUAUUCAGAUGACCAGGUGAGAUUGUACCAUGGUCAAAAGCUUGGGGAACUGCCUCCGCAUAUCUUUGCCAUUGCUGAAACCUGCUACUCUAACAUGAUGCGCCAUCGCAAGAGCCAGUGCUGCAUCAUCAGCGGAGAGUCAGGAGCAGGGAAGACGGAAAGUACUAAGCUGAUGCUGCAUUACCUGGCAACACUCAGUGGUCAGCAGUCUCAACAGCAGAUUGAACGGCAGAUACUGGAGUCCAACCCAGUUCUAGAAGCUUUUGGAAAUGCUAAAACAAUUCGCAAUGACAACUCCAGCCGCUUUGGGAAAUAUUUGGAGAUAUUCUUCAAUCAGGCUGGAGUGAUUGAGGGUGCUCGAGUGGAGCAGUAUCUUCUGGAGAAGUCUCGUGUUUGCCAUCAGGCCCUGGAGGAACGUAACUACCACAUAUUUUACUGCAUGCUGGCAGGAAUUACAAGAGAAGAAAAGAAGAUGCUGCUUCUUGGAGAAGCCAUAGAAUACACAUUUCUCACGAAGGGGGACUGUAUCAUGUGUGAAGGCAGAGAUGAUGCUAAAGACUUUGAUCGUAUACGUUCUGGUCUGAAAAUCUUGGACUUUUCAGAAAGUCAGUGUCAGGAAGUCCUCAAGCUGCUGGGGGCCAUAUUACACCUGGGCAACGUCUCCUUCCAAGCCACCACAGUGAAUAACAUGGAAAGCAGUGAUGUCAGUGCAUCAAAUCACUUCAGUAUGGCAGCAAAACUACUGCAGGUCCAAAGUUCUUCCCUUGAGCAAAGUUUGACUUUCCGUUCCUUUAUGACAAACAGAGAACGGGUGACUAAAUCUCUCAGCUCUGAACAGGCUUCUAACUGUAGAGACGCCAUUGUCAAGGCAAUUUACAACAAGCUGUUCAUUUGGAUUGUUGAAAAAAUCAACUGCGUCAUCUAUAAGAAGCUGACUAACACCACAAAAUCAUCCUAUCUGUCCAUUGGCCUGCUUGAUAUCUUUGGUUUUGAGAACUUUAACACAAACAGUUUUGAGCAGCUCUGCAUUAAUUUUGCAAACGAGAAGCUGCAGCAGUUUUUCGUGGCACACAUCUUCAAGCAGGAGCAGAAUGAAUACCUGAAGGAGGACUUUGUGUGGGAGAACAUCGCCUUUGAUGACAAUCAGAACAUCUUGGACCUUCUGGCUGGGAAACCCUGCAACCUGCUGGCCCUGAUUGAUGAGGAGAGCAAUUUUCCAAAGGGUACUGAUGUCACUCUGCUGAACAAAAUGAACCAGCAGCACUGUGGGGACAACAUCUACAUCCCUUCCAAGAGUAAACAUGACACCGGCUUUGGGAUUCGACACUUUGCAGGCAUGGUGUUCUACGAUUCCACAGGAUUCUUGGAGAAGAACAGAGAUGCUAUCAGUUUUGAUGUCAUCAAAAUGAUUGACAUGUCCACCAGUAAACUGCUUCAUCAGAUAUUUGAGAAGGAGCUUACAACCAAUGGAGUGAAGGUUACCGGCAACAAAAGGAUCAGUGUGACUCCCAAGAGCUCAUUACGUGGCCAGAGUGACAAUCGCAAGCAAGUGCCAACGUUGAGCGGUCAGUUCCGCCACUCACUGGACUCUCUCAUGAAGGCUCUGUCUGUGUGUCACCCUUUCUUCGUCCGCUGCUUCAAACCCAACAGUGACAAACAGCGUGAGGUCUUUGACAGAGAGCUCUGUAUGCAACAACUCAGAUACUCCGGCAUGAUAGACACCAUCCGCAUCCGGAAGUUGGGUUAUCCCAUUCGCCACACCUUUACAGAAUUCAUGAAGCGCUACAGAGUGCUGCUGAAAACCACUGUCUGUAAUCCCAAAACUGCAUCAGCUAAGGCCUGCUGUGAAGCCAUCUGUGACACAGCAUUUACUGAAGAAGACGACUGGAAAAUAGGCAGGACGAAGCUUUUUCUGAAUAAUUCAGGCUCAUCAACUGCAGCAAGUCGAGACGCCCAUGAUGCUGUCCUGGAACGAAUGAGGGAACAGGAACUCAGCAGGGUUGCCCUUGUGAUCCAGAGGGUCAUGCUAGGACACAAAGACAGAAAGAGUUUUCUUAAGAAGCGGAGGGCAGCAGUGUUGUUGCAGAAGAACUGGAGAGCUUACAACAACAGAAAACUGAUAAAAACGUACAAGCAUGGAUUUGCAAGGCUGACAUCAAAAAUCCGUGGUCGCAAGCUCCUUACAUUCCAAAGACAGCGAUCAGCUGCUGUCAUCAUACAGACUCAGGUGCGUGGGUACCAAACGAAGAAGAGCUGGAAACAGAAGAAAGAUGCAGUCAUUGUGCUGCAGGCCUACACCCGAGGACUGCUGGCAAGAAGAAGGGCUCAAAGGAUGAGGAACAGGCCGCUUUACUGGGAGGAGGAGGAGGAGGAGGAGAAUGACCAAAUUGGAUUGGCACUUCAGAGGAGACUGGAAAGUGUUGUUAGCCAAUCACUGCAAGCCAGCGAGGAGCCUGAGCCAGUCAGGGAACAGGAUCGUGUGUCUGACGAACUUGAGGAGCAGAACACACCAGAGCCAGUGGCAGAAGCAUCUAGUGAGUCCUCUGAGCCCGACCCCGAGCCUGAGCCAGAAGCUCCAGCCUCAACUGCGACAGCUUCAUCCUCAGUCCAAGAAGAGGAGUACGAUGAUUUUGAUGAUGAUCAUCCAUUUUCAUUCUACAACUUCAGCUGCCUUCACUUCCAGGACGGAGUCACCUGCACACAUAUCACCCAAAGACUUAAGCAGCCCCUUCUGAAGCACGAUGAUGAGGGCGACGCACUGGCGUGCCUAACAGUGUGGUGGAUUAUUCUACGAUUCAUGGAAGAUGUACCAGAACCAAAACCCCUGGAUCAAGACUCCGUGUCUCAAACAUCCAGUAUCACCUCCCAGCCUUUACCUCACAGGCAGGGCAGGCGACUGAGCCACCUGGUGGGACUUGACCAGAAAAUACUGAGAAAGAACAAGAAAAAGUUUGGAGCCAGAAGACCCUCUGCUAUUGCUGAAGAGCCAGAAGACAAUGCAGAAGAUGAGGACAUUUUGAUUGGAGAGGGUCCUACGCUGCUUCGACCACUGUCACCCCUGGAAAAACUGCAAGUUAUUGUAGGAUACGCUUUAUCCAAGCCAGACAUAAGGGAUGAGAUUUACUGUCAGAUCUGUAAGCAGCUGACAGGCAAUAAGAACAGGAAGAGCUCUCUGCAAGGUUGGAUCCUCCUGUCCAUCUGUCUCGGGAUCUUCCCCCCAACAACUGUCUUUAUGAAGUAUUUGGAGCACUUCCUUCGCAGAGCACCAAGUGGUUACGGACCAUAUUGUACUGAGCGCCUGCACCGUAUAAUCGCCAGUGGAGAAAGAAAAGAACUGCCUUGUUGGAUUGAAUUACAGGCUGCCAAGUCCAAACAACCCAUAGAUGUGUCUGUGGCUCUGACAAACGGCCGUACUGUUGGUCUGAGUUUGGACUCUGCCUCCACCUCUGCUGAAAUCUGCCAAGCUGUGGCUGAGAUAAUUGGACUCAAAGACACUUACGGGUUCUCUCUCUACAUCGGCUUUUUUGAUAAGAUGUGGUCUCUUGGCAGCUGUGGGAAGCAUGUGAUGGAUGCAGUGUCUCAGUGCGAGCACGAGAUGAGGAGGCAGGGCAACUUGGAGCAAGAUACCCCUUGGAGUCUCUCUAUCCGAAAGGAACUAUUUACCCCCUGGCAUAAUUGCUCUGUAGACCCAAUCAGCACAGAUCUCAUCUACUUACAGCUGCUCAGCGGAAUCAAGUCUGGAGAGUACUCCUGUGAGAAGGAAGAUGAAUAUGUCCAGCUGGCAGCAAAGCACUAUUACAUCACGUUUGGCUCUGAACACAAGUCUGUGAACGUCCGGAGGGUUGUCGAGGAGUGCAUCCCUACUGCUGUGAUUGAGAACAAAUCUCUGUCAAAAUGCAUCCAGCUCAUCAGCUCAGCUCACUUACAGGGGCCAUAUAUCAGUGGGACGAAGAGCAAGGAGACAGUGAAAGGGGAGCUGGUUGACGAUGCUUGGCAAAAAUGGCCACUCAACUUCUCCAAGUUUUUUGAAGUUACAAUGAUGUCAGGACCUCCUCUGCCUAGAAGCAGGUUUGUUGUAGCCGUAAACUCGAGCGGCAUCGUCUGCAUCGAUGAAAGAAACAGGAGACUGCUGGAGCUGCCUUACAUAGAGAUAAAAGACAUCCACCUGAUGGGUGAUGGACGUUUCAAAGCCCAGUCAGUGAGUUUGACCACAGUCGCUGGUGAAUAUGUCCUGAAAUCUGUGGACGCUGUGGAAUUGGCUGCCCUUGUAGAAUCAAACUUAGAAGGACUGAGAGAGCGCUCCGUGUUUGCCCUGAUCCAAUCUGACACCAGUAAAACAGAGGAUCCCAUGUUCCUGGCUUGUAAGCGAGGCGAUCUGUUGGUUGUAAACAAAAAUGAACGAUAUUCUUCUAACGUGAACUUGAUCAAUGCAACCAACCAGCGUACCUUGAGCAGCGGCGCUGUCCAUAAGGAUGCAUUGCAGUUUCUGCCGACUCUCAGCAGGCCCACUGAAGAAAUGCUGGAACUAUUCAGCUCAAAUCAAAGGAGAACCUCAAUGACAAAAAGUGUGACAGAAAGAGAAGAAGUAGUGGCUCCUGUCUCUUUAAAAGAAUUUGCCUUCGAAAAUUUCAGGUUUUCGGGUAACGAUGCUAGUCGCCAGAGUACGUCCAAAGGUGUCAGCAGGGAGAGGCUAUGGGUGUGCACCAGAGAACCUCUCAAACAGCCACUGCUGAAGAGCUUGUCCCGCAACUCUGAGCUGAGCUACCUGGCCUGCAGCGCCUUUACGGCUAUCCUGAAGUACAUGGGAGAUUAUCCCAUCAAACAGGCUUGCAGUCCAUUCGAACUGAUCAACCAGAUCUUUGGUUCAGCCACGCAGCAUGAAGCUCUACGGGAUGAGAUCUACUGCCAAAUUAUGAGACAGAUGACCAGCAACGCCAUCAGGUUCAGUAUGGAUCGUGGUUGGCAACUGAUGUGGUUGUGUACAGGCUUGUUCCCGCCCAGUAAAAACUUAUUCAGUCACGCACACCGCUUCCUGGAGUCGCGUCCCAGAGAUCCGCUGGCUGCCGGCUGUAUGCAGAGGAUGCAGAACAUGCUCAGUAUGCCACACAGGAUGUUUCCUCCUCAUCAGGUGGAAGUGGAUGCCAUCCAGCAGAACAGCACCAAGAUCUUCCAUAAAGUCCAUUUUCCAAAUGACACAGAUGGUUUAUUUGAGGUGACAUCAACAACUACAAUCGGAGACCUCUGCUGCAGUAUUGCCUUUGAACUGAAACUGAGCUCAGCUGAUGGAUAUGGGCUUUACCUGAAGACACCACUUAAGAUCCAGAGCUUGGAUGAGCAGAAAUACUUGUUUGAUAGUUUAAGGCAAGGCUCAGACAUCCCUAAGAAACUAAAGAGAGUGAAAGAAGGAAACCCAUACACUAUGCCUUACCUGGUGAUCUUUAGGAGGAAGCUCUGGUUCAAUGUGACCCCGGGGAAAGACCUGGUUGCAGACCUCACCUUCCAUUUCCCACAGGAGCUGCCUAAGUACCUGCAAGGUAAUCACAACUGCACAAAAGAGGACAUAAUCAAACUGGCCGGACUGCUGUUCAGAGUUGAGGUGGAUUCAGACAGGACACAGUUUGUCAUGAUCCCCAGAAUGCUGAAGAACCUCGUUCCAGCUGACCGAAUAAAAAUGAUGUCUAAUGAUGAAUGGAAGAAGCACAUUAUCGCUUCCUACAACAAACAAAGUGGCAUCACCAUGGAUGAGGCCAAAAUUGCCUUCCUGCAAACCAUCUCCAGCUGGCCCACCUUCGGCUGUGCAUUCUUUGAGGUCAAACAAACGUGUGAACCUAGCUACCCGAGUUUACUUUUGAUUGCUAUCAGCAAAAAAGGUGUCAGCUUCAUAAACCCAGAGACAAAGGAACUCCUGGUCUUGCACCCUUUCAGCCGCAUCACUGAGUGCCACUUUGGCACCAACUACUUCCAGAUGACUAUUGGCAACUUGUUAAGGGGAAACACCUUCUCCUGCGAAACCUCAAAGGGUCACACGAUGGAGGACCUUAUUCGAUCCUACAUCACCAUGUACGAGAGGCAGAGGCAGGAUAUUCGACCACGGCAACAAAUGUUCUUCUGAGGUGUGAAGCAAAAGAAGAAAACAAAGUGCUCUUGUGUAUUAGGACUGUUAAUUGUCAUCUGCAUUCUUGUAUUUAUAUUGUAUGCUUCAAAUGUAAAAUUCACCCACAAUACCUACUGCAUGUAAUAAAAAUAUACUGAUAUUCAAA